UAAAUAUCACGCGCUAUGGACGAGCCAUUCGAAGAAACGAUCUGCCACUCUCUCGGUGGUUUUUUACGGGUGAUAGUCGUCUGUCACAGCAGGUACCGUCUCCGAAUAGAAAUGUUGUCUUGGGUACAGGAGGCGGUGAAAAUGAAUCCAUUUUCCACGCCGUUCACGACGGCCAAGUGUCAGGCGCUGGAAAACGGCGCUCGGCCGCUCGUUCCAGGUCGCAAUAUCGCCGCUGCCGCUGUCGAGGAGGGUGAUAGCUGUGAAUUUGGAUCGAAUCAUUAUUUCUUGUUAUGUGGCCUUGGAGGUAUUUUAUCCUGUGGUAUCACUCAUACUAUGGUCACUCCAUUAGAUUUAGUUAAAUGCAGAAUUCAAGUGGAUCCGCAAAAAUACAAAUCAGUAUUCAAUGGAUUCAGAGUAACUCUUGCCGAGGAUGGCACUCGAGGAAUAGUAAAAGGAUGGGCGCCUACUUUCUUUGGUUAUUCCAUUCAAGGAAUGUUCAAAUUCGGACUGUAUGAAGUCUUUAAAGUUCAGUACUCCGCAUUAGCUGGUGAUGAACUCUCUUAUGAAUACAGAACCACGUUAUAUUUGAUAUCAUCGGCUUCCGCUGAAUUUUUUGCAGACAUUGGUCUAGCACCAUUUGAAGCUUCAAAGGUGAAGAUUCAAACUACGCCAGGAUAUGCAAACACUUUGAGACAAGCGAUGCCGAAGAUGUAUGCGGACGAAGGUCUUUCAGGCUUCUAUAAGGGAUUGGUGCCAUUAUGGCUGCGUCAAAUCCCGUACACUAUGAUGAAAUUCGCGUGCUUCGAGCGUACCGUCGAACUUCUCUACAAAUACGUGGUACCAAAGCCUAGAGCAGAAUGCUCGAAAGGCGAACAAUUAAUAGUCACCUUCGCGGCCGGCUACAUUGCCGGUGUUUUCUGCGCUGUCGUAUCUCACCCUGCUGACUCGGUGGUGUCGAAAUUGAACCAAGAGAAAGGAGCGUCUGCGGGUGAAGUUUUGAAGAAGCUUGGCUUUGCCGGCGUAUGGAAGGGUCUGGGACCGAGGAUCGUUAUGAUCGGUACCUUGACCGCAGCGCAAUGGUUCAUUUACGAUGCCGUGAAGGUUUGGCUGCGCAUGCCCCGUCCACCACCACCCGAGAUGCCAGAAUCUCUCAAGAAGAAGUACGGUCUAGCAUAAGCGUCUCGAUUAGACCAUCGUUAAUUAGAGAAAGUACGUGUAUAAAACAAUAAUUUGAUCUUGACCGUACAUUUAUCGACAAGUAACGUGUUCUGUUACUUAUUGUCGGGUAUUUAUUUCGUAAAUCUUAUGUACAUCCGCAUCCAAAGGGCGACACUGCCGCAAGAUUAAAAAUAAACAGUUGUACAUUACAAAUAGGAAAAAAAAAUAUAGGACGCAAUAAUUGUCGAUACAAUUUGAAGAGGCGUAGUGAAACCUAUUUUUUUUUUUGUGACGGUAACAGACUACUCAAGAUGAUUGUAAGCUGUCACAUACAUAGGGUAAUCGCUCUAAAUAAAAAAACCGAUUGCUCGAUUA